AGGGGCGACAGCAGUCUUUGAGAGUUAUGCAGCAUAUAGGGCACCUCCUACAACGAAGCCUAGAAGGGCAAGGACCUCAGACGAAGAGAGCGUGAAACCACUCGGAAAUGGUUGUCAAUCGCAAUAUCCGUUAGAGCGAAGUUCCGCUGUGCCGAAUCCCGUAACGUCUGGUCAAAGGAAUGGUUUAAGUAGGGUUAAUUCUCUCGAUCAGAGUCCAAGGUUGCCUUACGUCCAAGGGCCUAAAUCUCAACCUGAUACUGCAUAUAGACAAACUGUUCCAAUUUAUCAAACAGAGUUCUUAUAUCAAGAUCCACAUUCAUAUCAACAACCUCAGCAGUCUUCAUACGUUCAUCGUAAAAUUCCUACCACUAAAAGACAAAUGACACCAAAUAAAGACUUUCGGGAGGGUUCUAAAUCAAAAAAUUAUCGUAAUCAUCGCUCAUCCAUUGAUCCAUCAACAUUAUCCUCUGGGUCGGAAAGAUCAAGUACUCCUUCGUCGCCUUCAAAAGUAGUAAAACAGCAAUUUUCUGUUGUUAAUCCUGCUCUGCUAUCAAGAGUUUCAGAAUCAUUUCGAGCCCGUAUUACUCUUUCAAAUAGGAUGAAAGAAAAUCUUGAAUAUAAAGAUUGUUUUGAUGGAAGAGAAGCUGUGCUUAUUACUCUAAUUUCUAUUUCAAAGGAUAAAAUCGCCUUUAUUAUCAAGACUACUGAUAGGAAUUUAGCUUUAUUACUCGGUCGUGCUUUAGACGCUCAAAAAUUUUUUCAUGAUGUAACAUACGAUCAUCGACUUCGUGAUUCACAGAAUGAAUUAUAUCAAUUUAGAAAAAUGCCUUCAAUUUUAUCAUCAUCCGAUAAUUAUAGCUUUAAAAAAAAUGAGAAAGAAGACUCUGAAGAAACUGACCUACCAACUGGAGUGUUUACACUAUUAACCGACUACCUUAGUCGCUCAGCUAGUCGUGGAUCUAUAGCUGAUAGAAGAAAGGCUGAAAAGAAGCGUCAAGAAGCUAUAAACGAAUUAAUUUAUACUGAAAAAGAUUUUGUUCAUGAUAUAGUGUAUUUAAGAGAUAAAUUUGUAGUUGACGUUUUUCAUAAUAUUAUGGAAAUUUAUUCCAUCAAUUCUAAACUUGACGAGGCGCUCCAAAAACGGCAAAAUUCAUAUGCAAUUGUUGGACAAAUUGGUGAUAUACUAUUAGAACAUGUUCCAAAAUUUAAUCCUUUUAUAGAAUAUGGUGCACAUCAAUUAUGGGGGAAAUAUUAUUUUGAAAAUGAAAAAAACACUAAUCCUGCAUUUGCAAAAUUCGUUGAGGAUACUGAACGCCUUCCAGAAUCGAGAAAAUUAGAACUUAAUGGAUAUCUAACAAAGCCUACAACCCGUCUUGGUAGAUAUCCACUACUUCUUGAAGCUAUUCUCAAACAAACUCCCCAAGGUCAUUCAGAUAGGACAAGCUUGCCAAAGGUAAUAAGUCUUAUUAAGGAAUGUUUAUCGAAUGUUAACACGGAGUCUGGAAAAUCAGAAAAUCGAUUCAACCUGCAACAAUUAAAUGAUCAAUUAAUUUCUAAUGGAAGUGAAAAUUUCGAUUUGAAAUUAACGGAAGAAGGACGUCAACUUAUAUUCAAGGGCUCCUUAAAAAGAUCUAAUGAAUCAUCCGACCUACAAGUAUUUCUAUUUGACCAUGCUUUAUUAAUGGUGAAAGUUAAAAUCGUAAAUAAAGUUGAACAAUAUAAAAUUUAUCGUUUUACAGAAAAUUUAUACGCAUUGACGUUGGUAAGUCGUAAAAGGUGGAUCGAUCUUAUAUCAGAACAAAAAGAGGUCAUCGAUAAAAACAAAUCGUUUGAGAAAACUAUUUUGAUAGAAAAAGGUCAAUUUUCCGGAGCAAACAAGAUUAACUGUGCUGCUUUUUAUGCUUUAGUGUUACAAGUAGAAAAGGUUUCUCAAAUUGAAAUAUUAGAGGAACAUCAGUUAUUAUUAGUAUUAGCUGGUGAGUAUAAAGUUUAUUCUAUUUAA